AAUAACAAUAAUAUGUUUUAUUAACGUUGUUUUCUCAACAUUAUAUGGCUAUGCAGUGCAAUUUUCAUUUAAUAAUGUAUUUUCUGCAUUUUUGUUAGUUUCAAAAAUCAUUGAAAGCAAUAAUUAAUGGUUUGUCCCUACAUAAAAACGUACCUUGAACUGAUGUUCGUUUGUUUUGUGUAUUGAAAUAGUCAGAUUGUUUUAUAGUCUACAAAAGAAUCCUAUUUGUAAAGCAAUGUUUAAAUAAAGAUUAACAUUAUUUGUAUAUAUAUGUCAUCUGUAAUUAAUAAACUUGGAAUUACUGUAUUAUAACCGGUUAUGAUUAAGAAAAUUCCGAAAUGAUUUCCAAAACUGUGUGCAUUACACAGGAAGGUCCAGCAAAUGCAUUAGCACUUAACAAAGAUAAUAGUCAAGUUGUUAUAGCUGGACGUAAUGUUUUCAAAAUAUUUACAUUGUUAGAAGAUAGAUUUGAAGAAGCUUGUAAUUUGCGAGUUGGAAAGAAUUUGAAUUUAAAUUUUUCUUGCAACGAUGUUGCUUGGAAUCUCAUUGAUGAUCAUAUAUUAGCAACAGCUGCUACAAAUGGUGCAGUAGUAGUUUGGAAUUUGAAUAAGGCAUCUAGGUCCAAGCAAGAACAUGUUUUUAUUGAUCACAAAAGAACAGUAAACAAAGUAAGUUUUCAUAUGACAGAACCUAUGUGGCUAAUAUCUGGUUCUCAAGAUGGUACUAUGAAAUGUUUUGAUUUAAGAAUAAAAGAAGCCACUAGAACUUUUUAUAGUAACACAGAAUCGGUACGCGAUGUACAGUUCUGUCCACAUUCACCGCAUACUUUUGCUGCUGUUUCUGAAAAUGGCCAUGUACAACAAUGGGACUUACGUAAACCAGAGAGAUACUUUCAACAUUUCACUGCUCAUAGUGGUCCCAUAUUUGCUUGUGAUUGGCAUCCUGAAACUACCUGGCUUGCAACUGCUUCCAGAGAUAAAACUAUUAAGGUUUGGGACUUAUUAGGUAAGCCUAGUUGCGAUUACGUUAUACAUACGAUAGCAUCGGUAGGUCGAAUUAAAUGGAGACCGCAAAGAAAGUACCAUAUAUCCAGCUGUGCUCUUGUCGUGGAUUGCAGUAUAAAUGUAUGGGAUAUCCGCAGACCGUAUAUACCUUUUGCAAGUUUUAAUGAACACAAAGAUGUUCCAACUGGUGUAGCAUGGAGAGGCAGUCCUCACUCCUUCUUAUCGACUAGCAGGGAUUGUACAUUAUAUCAUCACGUGUUCAAAGAUGCUACUAGACCAGCAAGUAAAGCAAAUCCACAAGGUAUUGCAUUGAAUCCAAAAGGAGAUAUCGCGUACGCGUGUAAAGUAAAUGUUCAUGUUCAAACAACGAUGAAACAAUUGACUAACAUAAUGAGGAAAACACCAGCGACAAACGAUACUUUUUGUAUAGCAUCGAGUGUUAUGCAUAGAUUUUCCAUAAACAUGCCACGAGAACCAAAGUGGUUUAAAGCUUGCGCUGAGGGUUACUUACUUUCUGGAAGAUUAAAUGACAUUUGUGAUCAUAAUGCUACUGUUGCUAGAAAUGCCGGUAGAAAUGAUAUUAGUACAGUAUGGAGUAUCAUAAAAACUUUGUAUGCGAAUCCUAUGGGUUCUAUUUUAAAAACACCCCCAACUGCUUCCAAAGAAGAUAUAGUGAAUACAUUAAAUUUAGCACAGAUCACAAUAGCACCCGGUAUGGAUCAGUCAAGCGCAGGUCACGAAAACGAUGUAAAAUCCUUACAAGGAGAAGUAACCGGUGCAACUAGCGGAGGCGAUGAUGAGACCGAGACGGACGAAACACCGGAAAAUCAACAUUCUAUAGGGUCAAUGUUACCUAGUUACAAACGAGCAUUUAUUGAUCACAAAGGACCGUCUAAGGGUGACUUUUUAUUUGGAGAAAGCGAAUUCGAACCGAUGACAAUGGAAUACACUUCUAGUUAUAUGCAUAAUAUAAUGGCCAAUGAUAACGAUUGGACGUUAUCUAAGGAAGCUUUUCCAUUGCGACACGAAAUAAAAGAUAGAUCUCCACCGCCAGAACAAUUCCCUAAUCAUCCACCGGAUAUUAACGAAGAUUGCGCUUCGUUAAUGAUCGAGGAUCAACCAAGCCAAUUAAUUGUUUCGAAUAUCCCUAAACCACAAUUUUGGGAUCCUACGAACUUAAUUGAAGAAGCUUUAAAACACCACGCGGCUCUCAGGGAUAUACAGACUUCUGCAUCGAUUCUAAUCGCGCUAGGAGAGAAACGAAAAGGUUUGAAUAUUGAAACUGCUGUCCAAGAACAUUGGAUACUGGAGUAUUUAGAUAUGCUUGCGAGGUUUAAGCUGUGGAACGUUGCUACACAGAUAAUUCAGUCGGUCUGGAUUCCAUCUGUAUCACAGUUGAAUCAGCAAUCGACGGUAAUACACGCUUGUUGUUUAACUUGUACAAAGCCAUUGCAAAGGGCAGCGUGGUUCUGUGAUCGAUGUCAUUCCUCUCACCACGCACUCUGUUCUGUUUGCCAUCAGGUGAGACAUACGAGGAUAUUUGGUUUUUGUAUUUUCUUUUUACACCUGAUCAUCGUAUUUUGCUUUUGGUUACAGGUUGUUCGAGGGAUAUACGUGUGGUGUCAAGGAUGUACGCACGGAGGUCAUGUUGUUCACAUGAACGAGUGGUUUAGCUGUAAUCGACAAUGCCCAACGGGUUGUGGUCACAUGUGCGAGUAUACUUAAAAAUUUAUGGCAAAGAACACGAUGUUUUACUGUUUUGAGCUUCGCUCGUAUUUCUCAAGGUUUGUAAAAUUUAUGACUGUAGAAACUUGAUUUAUGAGUGACCGAAUCAGAAGGGAGAUUAAAUUAUUUAUUGACUAUAUUUUUGUAAUUUAUAGAGUAAGACCUGUAAUUCUAAGGUAUUACAUGUUUUCUUCUUGCAGUACAAAUUUUACAAAAAUAUAUGUAAACAUUAGCAAACAGUGUAGUUAUUCUUAAGAGUCAGUAACAAAAGACGUACGCAGAUCGACGUUAUAUCACCUCCGUUUCUCGGUUGUAAUGUACUGAGAAAGUUUUCAAAAACUAUUAAAAUGUACGAAUACUUAUCACAGGAAGGAUCGAAAAAAGUUAAUAGAAAAAUUGUUUAACUA